UUUGUGACAUUUGACUUAUGCUGGAACAAUAAAAUUCAGAUUUUUCCUAAUUGAAUACGUUACUGCAUUUUGAAUAUAAAAGUUUACAUCUUUAGCAGAAACCAGAAUCGAUCGAAAAUUAUCGGGUUAAAGUUAUAAUGAGACAUGCGCAAUCUGUCAGAAUCAGAACCAGCAAGUAGUGAGAAUCGAUGCCCUAAUGGCCGCUUCUAUAUCUUUGAAAUAAUAAAAUGUGAUAAGUUUUAAAGUAUAAUAAAUAAUAAGGUGUUAUAAAACGUGAAUAUAUGUAUCUCCAAAUUUGGUGGAAGAUAGCUUGAAGCAAAUUUUCAAUGUGGAAACAGUUACAGAUGGGAAUAAGGGCUUUCAUGCUGAUAGCCUCUCGAGUAUGGACAUGUCUCUGUUUCAUGCUUAAAAAACAAGCCAGAGCUAUCAUUCAACAUCAGUCAGUAAAAUAUGAGCUUUAUCCUCUGUCGCCUUUAUCGAGACAUAGACUUAGUAUAGUUAAAAGGAAGACCCUUGUUCUAGAUUUAGAUGAAACAUUGAUUCAUUCUCAUCAUGAUGGAGUAAUAAGGCAGACAGUAAGACCUGGGACACCACCAGACUUUGUACUAAAGGUUGUUAUUGAUCGGCACCCAGUGAGAUUUUUUGUUCACAAACGACCACAUGUAGAUUUUUUCUUAGAUAUAGUUUCACAAUGGUAUGAGCUGGUAGUUUUCACAGCCAGCAUGGAAAUUUAUGGUGCUGCAGUCGCUGACAAAUUAGACAAUGGUAGAGGUAUACUAAGGCGGAGAUUCUAUCGGCAGCAUUGUACACCUGAUCUUGGAUCAUAUACAAAAGAUCUUAGUGCUAUAUGUAAUGAUCUCUCUAGUGUUUUCAUUCUAGAUAAUAGUCCAGGUGCCUAUAGAGCAUAUCCUGAUAAUGCAAUUCCUAUUAAGUCAUGGUUCUCUGAUCCAUAUGAUGUGGCAUUGCUCAAUCUUCUACCAGUCUUGGAUGCCUUGAGAUUUACAGCAGAUGUUAGAUCCGUUCUUUCCAGAAAUCUUCAUUUGCAUCGACUGUGCAGGAUUAAAAACGAUACGCCAUAUGUUCAUCCUUUGUGCAAAAUUCAGCGAAAUGACUCAUCAGCUACAGACCUCACAGCACAGUUUAAUGAUAAGCAACAGAUAGCUCAACAAAAUGAAAUCACUUUUGAAAAUAUUGUGACGCAAGUGCAGGAGUAUGAAACUGAUAACAGUAACGGUAGUAAAGUUAAUAAUAGAGUGUCCCAACGAUCAUGCAAUUGAGAUAAGAAGUGAUUAAAUACAGUAGUAAGAAGAUAUUUCAGUCUGAUUCUAUAUGUUCUGAAGUUGAAUUUUUAGUGCCACAAAAAUUGUUUCGUAUUACAUACUUCUUUAUGCAAAUUUUGCAUUUAAAAAAAUUUAUCUCGUAUUAAGUGAUUUGGAGUGAAAUUAAUUUAAAAAUAUAGCUGUAUUAUUUUCUGAUUUUUCAGAAUAUAAUGUAGGAUUGUUUGAAUCUAUUGGUAAAAUUUUUCCUUCAUCAGUUCAAUAAGCAGCAGAAACAAUUUUUUGAAUGUGACACUUAUAAAAGGUUGAGUGGAAACCCUUUCUUUGUAGCUUUGCUUUUAUUUUUUGAUCUCAACCUAAUUUCAUCAUCAGUGUACAUUUUGAAAUAUGUAUCUAAAUCAGCAUUUUAUUCUGUACAUAUUUAGAAUAAUAAACUUUUUUUCCAUAUAAAUAUAUAUUUCAAUUUUUUAAACACACAUAAGAAGCUGAAAAGUAAUUUAUUAUCAGCAUACUAAAUUUGACUCCAAGAUUCCUGCAUUUCAUCCUUAAAAGCAGUUGCUGAAUAUUUUAUAUAAUUUUAAUUUUACUAUUUUCUGAGUAUUAUAUUCAUCAAAAUAUUGUUGAAGCAGGUACCUGAUGUAUCUAUGUGUCAUCGCUUGCCAUCAUUGAAGACCACUUGACAACUACCCAUAUUCAAAAAAAUUUUAAUGUUAAGACCAAAGCUAAUUCUUAAACACGAAUGAAGAAAAUCUUCAUUUCAGGAUUUUUUUGUCAAAAGUUUUUCAUCUCCACCAAUAUUCUUUGAUAAGCUAUGUAUUCUUUGUAUUUUUUCUGUAUCAGAAAAUGCAGGAAUGCUGCUGAAUUUUAAAUUUUUUCUUAUGGAGAAAUUUUGAAGUGAAAAAUGUCUGUAUAUAUUGUAGAAUAAAAAUUUUCCUCAGUUUGUUAUGAAUUGUUAUCUUGCAAUAAUUGUACUUAAACAUUGUUGAAUAUUUUUUUUUGAUCUUAUGCUUUCUAAAAAUUUUGAUAAUUUGGUUAUGUCCAAAUAUCUGUGUGGCUUACUGAAAUUUGUUCUCAAAAUUCAAAAUCCUAUUUAUUUUCAAUUAAAAGACAUUUAAAACACUACGCUACCUUGGAAACAAUUUUAUUUGUCUCAAUAUUUAUUGUGAAUCUUGCAAAUUUAUGUGAUACAGCUGAGCAUUGUUAUAUCUGACAAAAGAAUCAUAAAAUUAAAUGUAAAUAAUCUUGUACAAAGGUUUGAUAUAGUUAUAGCUAAAUUAAUCAGAAUUAGGUGCUUCUAUGCUCAUAUUCAUUUUUGUUGAUCUUCAUGUUUUAAUGUUAUGUAGGUUUCUAUACAUAGUACAACUCUUAUUUUUCUCAAUAUUUCGUGUUCACUAUUUACAAUUAUUUUAUUUUCUGUAUUUUUUCUUAUCAUCACUUUGUACAUAGGGUCUUUUUGUCUUAUUUAUGAGUAAAUAUUUGGAGAUUGUAAGUAUAGUGAUGGCGGAACAAAGUACCUUUAAAUACUGUGAACUAUGUAAAAUAGGAUUAAUAAAUUUUAAUGAAAACAA